UCGAGACUUGUUAUAAAUGAUAAUAAAUAACUUUGUACCCGGUGAAGGUGUUUCUAGAAUUAUCAAUAACAUAACAUUAACUGAUGUUGAAAUGUCUAGAUCAACACUACCAGUUGAUGUAUUCUUUAAAAACUUUCGAUUUCUGAAGAAGACUGUUGUUGUGAAAAAUGAUGACUAUAAUGCUGCAUAUAAAGCUCUAUCCAAAAUACUGACUUUGGAUAAAGUUAAGAAUACAAUCAGAGCUCAAGAAUAUUAUGAAAGACCUACAGUAUGGAGACGAAGAAUAAUGUAUGAACGUUGUAAACGUAUAUAUGAUUCUGAAAUGGCUAGAAAAAUUUCACUUGUUGUACGUACAAAUAGAAUAGAUCCAUGGCCACGUUAAGAGACCUAUAUAAGAAAAAAAAACAUUGUAUUAAACCAUUUUCAUUUAUGUACAGAUGUACAAUAGUUAGUUAUGUAAUAUGAAUCAGUGAUAUUUGUACGUAUAUAUUGUAAUUUUUCCUGCGUUCACAUAUUUUUGUGCGUUAGAUGUUGAAAUGAUUUUGUGAUUUAUAGUAUGACUACCA